ACUUGUUUGAGGCCGUUAGCACAGCUGGGACCUAUUAAUAACUUAUCUCACAUAAGUAGACAAAACGGACACCCUCUGACUGGGAGAGAAGGGACUGUGAUUUUACACUUUUCUACCACUUUUUCCGGUGAAUAAAAACAUUUUUAUUUAUUUUUUUUCAUUAGCACCAAAUCACUGAGAUCAUGGGAUUCCUAGCUUUCCUCAUUGUGCCUCUGCUUAUUUUGGGCAUAAGCGGCAUUCUUUUUAUUUAUCGGGAAGUGGUCCGAUUAAUGUCGAGGUCGGCCAUGAAGAAUAAAGUAGUUGUGAUCACUGAUGCAGUUUCCGGGCUUGGGAAAGAGUGUUCCCGCGUAUUUCAUGCCGCUGGCGCCCGGCUGGUUCUGUGCGGUAAGACAUGGGAGAAAUUGGAAGCUUUACACGAUGCAUUAAUCAGUGUUGCGGAUCCCAGUGUGACUUUCACACCUAAACUUGUUUUCCUGGAUAUCGGGGAUAUUCAUACCAUUCAAGAAGUAGGAAAAGAGAUUUUGGAUUGCUAUGGAUGUGUGGAUGUGUUAAUCAAUAAUGCAAGUAUGAAGAUAAAAGGACCAGCACACAGCGUCACCCUCGAACUGGACAGGAAGAUCAUGGAUGCCAAUUACUUCGGUCCCAUUACCUUAAUAAAAGCUAUUUUGCCUCAUAUGAUAUCAAGGAGAACAGGGCAGAUUGUGCUGGUGAAUACCAUCCAAGGGAAGUUAGGAGUUCCAUUCCGUGCUGCAUAUGCAGCUUCUAAACAUGCAAUUCAAGGAUUUUUUGAUUGUUUGCGAGCGGAGGUGGAGGAAUUCGAUGUGUUUGUAAGCACCAUAAGCCCAACAUUUAUCCGAUCAUACCACGUCCAACCUCAGCCCGGAAACUGGGAGGCAUCAAUCUGGAAGUUCUUUUUCAGAAAGCUAUCUUACGGAGUUCACCCUGUGGAAGUCGCAGAGGAGGUUCUACGCACAGUGAGCAGAAGAAAACAGGAGGUGUUUAUGGCAAAUCCAGUCCCGAAGGCUGCUCUCUACGUCCGAACCUUUCUGCCUGAACUGUUUUUUGCUGUGGUGGCUACUGGGGUGAAGGAAAAACAUUUUGCAGAAGAAGAAAAAUGAAUAAUAAAAAAAUACAACUAGCUGUCAGCAACGAAAUGUAUUUAGCUAUAAAUUACUAGGCUCAGCGGACUGUACUCAACACCCAUUAAAAUUGUGACGGGCUGAAUUAAACCCUAUACACUCCUCCGGUUUAUAUAAUCCCCCAUACAAUAAUAAAUAUGCCACAUCUCACAAAAUUAAAACUAUUAAAAAUGUGCUGAUCUGUCAUUCCCACACAUAAGAGAGAUAAUAUAUACAUUUUAUAUUUUUAAUAAAUUAGUGCCAGUACUAGUAUCUUAUUCAGUUACCCUGCAGGAUACACUCUGAGGAAUUUUCGUUUUUUGAAGAGACAUUACAGUCACCCCCGCCCCCCAAAUGUAUGUUUUAGUUAUCACAAGGCAAACGUGUUAAUAUAGUACAAUUUAAUAUAUAAAAUGUAAUCUGUUUUUAUAUAUAUGUUUUAAUCCAGUGAACACAGUCAGUGCUCUGUAAAAAAAAAAAACAGAAUAAAUGUAUGACUACACUUGUAGAAAUUCUGA